UGCCUCCUUUCCCUCACAGUGAGAAUUCAUCCAUACCUGUCUGAACAGGGACAGCCGGGUUGCUUCAGGGCAGAAAAGGAGAGAAUAAAGACAGAAGUUGGGUAACAAAGGAGAAAAAAAAACAGGGAGUGUGUGAGGAACUUAUUUAAAGAGAGCAGACAGGAAAGGAGUGUGGUGUAAACGGGUUUAUUGAGGUCUGGAGUCGUCAGAUCUGCUUCUGGGCUGCUCCUCAAACGUUCUGGAAACGGUGGCUAUUUUGGUCCUCCAGAGUCGGAGCGGUUUAGGAUGGAUGCCAUCAUGCUGCAAGAGAAACUGGUGGAGCGGCUCCUGUGCCCACGAGUGAGAACGGCCAGGCAGAAGGAGAAACAGUAUGUCGGCUUUGCAACUUUGCCCAAUCAGGUUCACAGAAAGUCUGUGAAGAAGGGCUUUGACUUCACCCUGAUGGUGGCAGGAGAGUCUGGGAUGGGAAAGUCGACUCUGGUUAACAGCCUCUUUCUCACGGACCUCUACAAAGACCGGAAGUUGCUAAAUGCUGAGGAGCGCAUCAAUCAAACCGUCGAGAUCAUCAAACACACGGUGGACAUCGAGGAGAAAGGAGUGAAGCUGAAGCUGACCAUCGUGGACACGCCGGGGUUCGGAGACGCCGUCAACAACAACGAGUGCUGGAAGCCCAUCACAGACUACAUAGAUCAGCAGUUCGAGCAGUAUUUCCGGGACGAGAGUGGACUGAACAGAAAGAACAUUCAGGACAACCGAGUCCACUGCUGCCUGUAUUUCAUCCCUCCUUUUGGACACGGGCUGCGUCCUGUUGACGUGGAGUUCAUGAAGGCUCUUCAUGAAAAGGUUAACAUCAUUCCUCUCAUUGCAAAAGCUGACUGCCUCACUCCCAACGAGAUAAAGAAGCUGAAGGACAGAAUAAGAGAGGAAAUCGACAAGUUCGGGAUCAAAGUGUACCAGUUUCCUGAAUGUGAUUCGGAUGAGGAUGAGGAGUUCAAACAGCUCGACAAAGAACUUAAGGAGUGCACGCCGUUCGCUGUGAUCGGCAGCAACACGGUGGUAGAGGCGCGAGGACAGAGGGUCAGAGGGAGACUGUACCCCUGGGGGAUUGUGGAAGUGGAAAAUCAGUCACACUGUGACUUUGUUAAACUGAGGAACAUGCUGAUUCGUUCUCAUAUGCACGACCUGAAAGAUGUGACCUGCGACGUGCACUACGAAAACUACAGAGCGCAGUGCAUCCAGGAGAUGACCAGGUCAGAGAAUGUGAACGGAGAAGUUAAACUGGCACAAGACAACCGGAUGGAGAGUCCCAUCCCCAUCCUGCCGCUGUCCACUCCAGACGUGGAGACUGAGAAGCUCAUAAAAAUGAAAGACGAGGAGCUAAAGAGGAUGCAGGAGAUGCUGAACAAGAUGCAGCAGCAGAUGCAUGAGAAGGACCAGUGAUGUCCUCUGGCCCAGAGCUGCUCUGCGGGGCCCCCUGCUGUCCGUCCGGUGAACGACAGUGAAGCCCUCUGAUUUGGUUUUAAAGUGUCUUUGAAAAAAAAAAUGCUGAGUCCAUUACUCUUCAGUUUGGUGCUUUGGUUUGUCUGUUUAACUGGAGUUCCUUCUCUUAGCUUCUCAUGUUUAGGCCCUCGCUGUGACCCCGGCAUAAAUAAUAUGAAAGCAUAUUUAAGUAAGUAAGUGCUCAGUGUGUCUAAUUUAUAAUGCAUUGCUAAACCCUUUGGUUUUAAUAUCAGGAUUUGUGCUGCAAUAUGUUUUGUAUGGAAAUAUUUUGUGAUUCGUUGUUGAUGGGUGUUGUUUUGUAUUAUGCAACUCUGGGCGAAUGCUAGCAAAUGUCCUUUGAACUUGAGGUGUCCGUCCAGUUUCCAUUUGCCUUCAUAACUUCUUUUAUCGAAAUCCAAUUUUCCUUUUCUUUCUCUUCCUUUUUUUAAUAUUUUGUGUUUUCCAAGAAACGGACCAGGCAAACCAUCACCUCCCAGCAUUUUUAUUGAGCUGGCUGAGUUGAAAAAUGCACUUAUUGCCAGUGGCUUACUGUGAGUACAGACCUACACGCGUCUGUGGAGAACAGGGUGCAUGUGCGAGCAUGCUGCCAUUACUCACAUCUGCUGAUCGCUGUGGGCCUAUUUUUACUGUUUUAUAGCCGAGUCCCUGUGCUUGUACAAAAUGCAUCUUUGACGUGCUGUUUGCUUCAACGAGGAGCUGAUAUUUUAUCUGACAUAUCGAGAGAGAGCGCUCUUGUGCAUAUCCUCAUGAGUCGUCUGUACUUUGCCUGAAGGCUGAGGGCUCAGUUUGUGUGGCCUGUCUGCAAAGGUGUGACAAAUAAAUUCAUUUUCUUGUCGGUU